GAUCGGCUCCAAUCUGCGGCGGGCAGCGGCCGUGCCCGCUGUGUCGGGCCGGGAGCGCAGCGGCCGCGGCACCCGGAGCCCGGCGAGGCGGCGGCGGAGCUCGGAGCGGCUCCAGCCCAGGGUGCCACCAGCGCCGCUGUAAAGCUGCUCCCGAGGCCGAGCUCCCAAAGGCUUUGCCAGCGCUCCUGAUGUCUAAGGAGCAGGGCGCUGUUUAUUCAACACAGAGAGAUGCCGGCUGUGAGCUGGAGGAGAGUGAACCCUGCUCCACUCGUGGAGCUGUGACAAAGCCUCAGGAGGACAGAUCAGCAACGUGGAAUACACUCAGAAGAUUCCUGGGUGAACGGCUCAGGCGCCAUCCCGAGGGCACGGCGCUGCUGAUCCUGCUGCUGCUGCUGCUGCUGCUGGCUCUGCUGGUGGCCUUGGCUGUGCUGGCAGCUCCGCAGGCUCCAGUGACAGCUGCCACUCCACAGUGUGUUCUGGGCUGUCCCCCUGACUGGAUUGGGCACAAGGGGGUCUGCUACUACUUCUCAAGGGAUUACGGCACCUGGGAGCAGGGUCAGGAACGCUGCUCCGAGCUGAACGCCUCCCUGGCCAUUGCCAAGGAUGAGGAGGCCAUGGAUUUGCUCUUCCGCCUCCGCGGGAACGGCGAUUACUGGCUCGGGCUGCGCAGACGGGGCCAGCGCCUGCACUGGGGGGACGGCAGCAGCUACAGCUCCCGGGUUCCUGUCUUUGGCGAUGCUGAGUGCGCGUACCUGGCCGACGAGAGAUUCAGGAGUGAGAACUGCUCAAAUCCGCGGCCGUAUGUCUGCAGCAAGGCCCAAGCUCCCCUGUGACGGGGGCUGCAGAAAGGACCUUCUCCACGCUGGGCAGUGCCAGCUUCCCCUCUCAGCCCAGCCCAGGGCUGUCCUUCCUCAGCUGCACCCUGUGCCUUGCACUGCCUCUCAGGGUCACCUCAGUGCCUGUCCAUCCCCAGAGCCAGCGCUGGGCUGGGGCUGCAAAGGAAACGUCUCUGCAAUCCAUCCUGCCACCCAUGCUGCCUGCAGGGAGUGCAGUGCCCUCAUGACACAACCAGCUCCCAUGGGAAAUCCAAAUCGCCCUGGCCUCUUGGAAAUCAUUACAAACUGGUGUGAAUGUCACACUUUUGGACUGUCCAUGGAAGAGGAAGCAGAACAGCUGACACAUGGUGAGGAGGAAUCCCACGUUGAUCAUCAGGCACCUGACUGUGAGCAAGGCUCUGUCAGCUGCUGCCUCUUUGUCGCCUUUGGAGGAGGGAUGGUCGGAGCUGCUGCUUGGGGAAGGGAAUUCCCUGCCAUUGGCCAUAACCCGGCCCAGAGGCGCUUCUCCUGCCGUGGGGCGAGGCUGUGCCUGUGCGAGCAGCCCCGCACGGGCCCUUCCUGUCCCCCGUGGUGCCCGAGGGCCCUGUCCCCCUGCUCGCUGCCCGGGACCCUGCGCUCGCCUCUCCCUGCCCUGCCCAGCCCCGGCUGCCGCCAGCGCCCCUGCCGGCCGCGCCCGGAACUGCAGCGAGGGGCGAGCGCUGCGGCCGGGCCGGGCCGGGGCUGGGUGUGCGCCUGCGCGGGGCCCGCGCUGCGCUGGGGCUGGAUGGAGCUGCUGCAGCAAUGGAGAGCGUGCGGGACUGAGGGGUGAUUUUUAUACUAAUGAAGGAUCUCUAUGAGAGCUCCUUAAUUUCACAAUUACAAUAAUUCGGAGGGAGGGGGUUUACAUUUUCCAUUGCCUUCCCUAGCAGACACCUGUCCUUCAAACCAGAACACCCCAUCCCUCUGUGCCCCGCUGUGGGGAGGAGGGAGGGAGGGAUGGAAUAGGGGAUAAAGUGGAGCCCAGGAAGGAGAGAUCAGUGUGGGGAAGGUGCAUUUUUAGGAUUUGUGGUACUUCUCACUCAGUUGCUUUCAUUUGUUUGAUAAUAAAUUCAAUGAAAUUUAA